GUUCAUACAACACACAAUAGCAGUAGUAGGGUUUUAUUUUUUACUUUACUUUCUCUCUCUGUGUGGUAUGUCUGGAGCUGAGAAAUUCUCAAAGAAGAUAGAACCAAGUCAAUCAAACACCAGACAAAAUAAACAAACCCUAAAACCAGCUAAAAAAAUUUGAACUUGUUCAUCUUCUUACAAAAACCCUAAGCUUCAAUUUUUUUAUGUAAAAUAAAAGCUUAAUUAUUUGGCUUCAGUUCUCAGAACCCAUUUCCAAAAAUAUGACCUUUUUCCACUAACUUCACACAAUUAGUUGAAUUCACACCAUCAUGCUAUUGCCCAUCAAACCAACUCCACUUUUGUAAGUUAACAGGUCAGAGAGAGGGUGGCCAUGGAAGGAGAUGAGCAUGAGAUUGUAUUGGCCUGUGCAAUUUCAGGGACCCUUUUCACAGUUUUGGGCUUGGCUUCGUUUUGGAUUCUUUGGGCAGUGAAUUGGAGACCUUGGAGGAUUUAUAGCUGGAUCUUUGCUAGAAAAUGGCCAUAUAUUUUUCAAGGACCUCAGCUGGGUAUAGUAUGCCGUUUUCUCUCUCUAUUGGCAUGGAUGAUUGUUAUAUCUCCAAUUGUGGUUCUUGUCAUGUGGGGCUCCUGGUUAAUUGUAAUUUUGGAUCGACAUAUAAUUGGUUUGGCUGUAAUAAUGGCUGGUACUGCUCUUCUAUUGGCAUUCUACUCAAUCAUGCUUUGGUGGAGGACACAAUGGCAAAGUUCAAGGGCGGUUGCUAUUCUCCUUUUUCUGGCUGUUGCUCUACUUUGUGCAUACGAACUGUGUGCUGUCUAUGUUACAGCUGGUAAAGAUGCAUCAGAGCGGUAUUCACCCUCUGGCUUCUUUUUUGGUGUCUCGGCAAUUGCUUUGGCUAUCAACAUGCUCUUUAUUUGCCGAAUGGUCUUUAAUGGGAACAGCUUAGAUGUGGACGAGUAUGUACGCAGGGCAUACAAAUUUGCUUAUAGUGAUUGUAUAGAAAUGGGACCUAUGCCUUGUUUACCUGAACCACCUGAUCCCAAUGAAUUGUAUCCUCGGCAAUCUAGUAGGGCUUCACAUCUUGGUCUUCUCUACCUUGGCUCACUCAUGGUGCUUCUUGUCUACUCCAUUUUAUAUGGUCUGACAGCAAAGGAAGUACGGUGGCUUGGAGCAGUUACAUCAACUGCUGUUAUCAUUCUUGAUUGGAAUAUGGGGGCGUGCUUGUACGGGUUUGAGCUUCUUCAAAGUCGUGUUGUAGCACUUUUUGUGGCUGGUGCAUCCAGGGUGUUUCUCAUUUGUUUCGGCGUGCAUUACUGGUACUUGGGGCACUGUAUUAGUUAUGCAGUUGUAGCAUCUGUGCUAUUAGGUGCUGCUGUUUCUCGCCAUUUAUCAGUUACAAACCCGUUAGCUGCUAGAAGAGAUGCCUUACAGAGCACAGUGAUUCGCCUAAGAGAGGGUUUUCGCAGAAAGGAACAGAACACUUCAUCUAGCUCCUCUGAAGGUUGUGGCUCUAGUGUAAAACGCAGUAGUAGUGUUGAAGCAGGUAACCUUGGUAAUAUAGUCGAAUCUGGUAGCCAAUGUACAGCACAGUGCACACUUGAUGCUAAUAACUGGACUAAUGCUGUGCUAUGUCGAACUGUGAGUUGUCAUGAGGGGAUAAACAGUGAUAAAAGCAUAGACAGUGGUAGACCAAGCUUAGCACUACGUAGUAGUUCUUGCCGUUCAGUUGUCCAAGAACCUGAAGCUGGGACGUCUGGGGAUAAACAUUUUGAUCAUAACAACUCCCUGGUGGUUUGCUCUAGUAGUGGCCUUGAUAGUCAAGGUUGUGAAUCCAGCACUUCAGUAUCUGCAAAUCAGCAGUUGUUAGAUUUGAAUAUUGCUCUUGCAUUGCAAGAUAGGCUGAAUGAUCCUAGGAUUACAUCUUUGCUGAAAAAGAGGGCACGGCAAGGUGAUAAAGAACUGACUAGUUUAUUGCAGGACAAAGGAUUGGAUCCAAAUUUUGCUAUGAUGUUGAAGGAGAAGAACUUGGAUCCGACUAUCCUGGCAUUACUCCAGAGGAGCAGUUUGGAUGCAGAUAGAGAUCAUCGCGAGAAUACUGAUAUCACAAUUGUUGACUCGAACAGUUUUGACAAUGCACUGCCCAAUCAAAUUUCUCUUUCAGAAGAAUUAAGGCUUCAUGGGCUUGAAAAAUGGCUUCAGUUGUCUAGAUUUGUUUUGCAUCACAUAGCAGGUACUCCAGAGCGGGCAUGGGUUCUCUUCAGUUUUAUCUUCAUCCUUGAAACAAUUGCUGUUGCAAUUUUUCGUCCCAAGACAAUUAAAAUUAUAAAUGCUACACAUCAACAGUUUGAGUUUGGUUUUGCAGUAUUGCUAUUAUCUCCUGUUGUUUGCUCCAUUAUGGCUUUCCUUCGAUCUCUUCAAGCAGAAGAUAUGGCCAUGACAUCAAAACCUCGCAAGUACGGUUUUAUCGCCUGGUUGCUCAGCACAUGUGUUGGCUUGUUGCUUUCCUUCUUGAGCAAAUCAUCAGUGCUUCUGGGACUGUCCCUCACUGUCCCACUCAUGGUGGCAUGCCUAUCUGUUACAUUUCCUAUUUGGGCGCGUAAUGGCUACCAGUUUUGGGUUUCAAGGGUUCAAUCUACGGCUCAUGCUGGAAACCAUCGCCCCUCUGGGACAAAGGAGGGCAUUGUUCUUAUAAUUUGUGUAGUAGUAUUUACUGGAUCUGUAUUAGCACUGGGUGCGAUAGUGUCUGUGAAGCCUUUAGAUGACUUAGAAUACAAGGGAUGGGCUAGUGACCCCAGAGGUCUUAGUUCUCCUUAUGCAUCGUCGGUGUACCUUGGAUGGGCAAUGGCGUCUGCAAUUGCUUUAGUAGUCACUGGCGUGCUGCCAAUUAUUUCAUGGUUUGCGACAUAUCGGUUUUCCCUUUCAUCUGCUGUAUGUGUUGGAAUAUUCACAGUUGUUCUUGUGGCAUUCUGUGGUGUAUCCUACGUGGAAGUUGUCAAAUCUAGGGAUGAUCAAGUUCCAACAAAGGGUGAUUUUCUAGCUGCAUUACUUCCUCUCGUGUGCAUUCCAGCAUUGCUAUCACUUUGCUCUGGAUUGCUAAAGUGGAAAGAUGAUGGUUGGAAACUCUCUCGAGGUGUAUAUGUAUUUGUGAUUAUUGGUCUUCUUCUGCUGCUUGGUGCAAUAUCUGCUGUUAUAGUAGUAGUUAACCCAUGGACUAUAGGGGUAGCAUUCCUUUUAGUUCUUCUCCUGAUCGUCCUAGCUAUUGGUGUUAUCCAUCACUGGGCUUCAAACAAUUUCUAUUUGACAAGAACGCAGAUGUUUUUUGUUUGUUUCCUUGCUUUUCUUUUGGGCUUGGCAGCAUUUCUUGUUGGAUGGUUUCAAGGUAAACCAUUUGUUGGAGCAUCUGUUGGUUAUUUCACAUUUCUAUUUCUUCUUGCUGGACGAGCAUUGACAGUCCUCCUCUCACCACCUAUUGUAGUUUAUUCUCCUCGAGUACUGCCUGUAUAUGUUUAUGAUGCUCAUGCAGAUUGUGGCAAGAAUGUCAGUGUUGCGUUUCUCGUGCUUUAUGGGAUUGCUUUGGCAACUGAGGGCUGGGGUGUCGUUGCUAGCUUGAAGAUUUAUCCCCCCUUUGCUGGUGCUGCUGUAUCAGCAAUUACUCUUGUUGUAGCCUUCGGGUUUGCUGUUUCUCGUCCAUGUCUGACUCUUGAGGCGAUGGAAGAUGCUGUUCAUUUUCUAAGCAAGGAUACCAUUGUUCAAGCAAUUGCACGAUCUGCGACGAAGACAAGAAAUGCAUUGUCUGGAACAUAUUCAGCUCCACAGAGAUCUGCUAGUUCAACAGCUCUUUUGGUUGGAGACCCUACUGCUACAAGGGACAAGGCAGGAAACCUUGUGCUUCCUAGAGACGAUGUCGUGAAAUUGAGAGAUCGCUUAAGAAAUGAGGAGCUAGUUGUAGGAUCAUUCUUCUCCAGAAUGAGAUACCGGACAUUUUGCCAUGAAUCUGCUAGUGAUUUUGAUAACAGAAGGGAAAUGUGUGCGCAUGCACGAAUUUUAGCUCUAGAAGAGGCAAUUGACACUGAAUGGGUUUACAUGUGGGAUCGAUUUGGUGGUUAUUUAUUACUACUACUUGGUUUGACUGCUAAAGCAGAAAGAGUGCAGGACGAAGUACGCUUGAGGCUUUUUCUUGAUAGCAUUGGGUUUUCAGACCUAAGUGCCAAGAAAAUUAAGAAAUGGAUGCCGGAGGACCGUAGGCAAUUCGAAAUAAUUCAAGAGAGCUAUUUGAGAGAGAAGGAGAUGGAAGAGGAAAUUUUGAUGCAGAGACGCGAAGAGGAGGGCAGAGGUAAAGAAAGAAGAAAGGCUCUUCUGGAGAAGGAAGAACGCAAGUGGAAGGAGAUUGAAGCUUCUCUGAUUUCCUCUAUUCCUAAUGCUGGCAGCAGGGAGGCGGCAGCUAUGGCUGCUGCAGUGCGUGCCGUAGGAAGUGAUUCUGUUCUCAGUGAUUCCUUUGCACGUGAGAGGGUUUCGAGCAUUGCCCGUCGGAUACGCACAGCUCAGUUAGCUCGUCGAGCCCUUCAGACCGGAAUUGCUGGUGCCAUAUGUAUCCUUGAUGAUGAACCAACAACAAGUGGCAGAAACUGCGGCGAGAUAGAUCCCAGCAUAUGUCAAACUCAAAAAGUCAGUUUUUCAAUUGCAGUGAUGAUCCAACCUGAGUCUGGGCCAGUGUGCCUUUUAGGCACUGAAUUCCAGAAGAAGGUUUGCUGGGAAAUUCUGGUGGCCGGUGCUGAGCAAGGUAUCGAGGCUGGACAAGUUGGGCUUCGGUUGAUCACAAAAGGUGAUAGGCAGACAACUGUUGCAAAGGAGUGGAGUAUUAGUGCAACAAGUAUUGCAGAUGGAAGGUGGCAUAUUGUGACAAUGACAAUUGAUGCGGAUUUGGGUGAGGCAACUUGCUAUCUGGAUGGUGGCUUUGAUGGCUUCCAAACAGGGUUACCCUUGUCUGUUGGUAACAGCAUUUGGGAACUAGGGACAGAAGUUUGGGUAGGCUUUAGACCACCUACAGAUGUGGAUGCAUUUGGAAGGUCAGAUAGCGAAGGAGCAGAGUCUAAAAUGCACAUAAUGGACGUAUUUUUGUGGGGACGGUGCUUAACUGAGGAUGAGAUUGCCUCGCUUCACACUGCUAUAGGCUCAACAGAGCUUGGUAUGGUUGACUUUCCAGAAGAUAAUUGGCAAUGGGCGGAUUCACCCCCAAGAGUUGAUGAGUGGGAUAGUGAUCCUGCAGAUGUAGAUCUAUAUGACAGGGAUGAUGUAGACUGGGAUGGUCAAUAUUCAAGUGGGAGGAAGAGGAGGUCAGAUCGUGAAGUUGUGGUAGAUGUAGAUUCUUUUGCCAGGAGGUUCAGGAAACCUAGGGUAGAAACACAAGAAGAAAUCAACCAAAGAAUGCUUUCAGUCGAAUUGGCUGUCAAAGAAGCUCUGUUUGCUAGAGGAGAAACACAUUUUACUGACCAGGAGUUCCCUCCAAAUGAUCAAUCAUUAUAUCUAGAUCCAGAAAAUCCCCCUUUAAAGUUGCAGGUUGUGUCUGAGUGGAUGAGGCCUGGUGAAAUAGUAAUGGAAAACCGUCCGGAUUCUUGCCCAUGCUUAUUUUCUGGGUCUGCCAAUCCCUCUGAUGUUUGUCAGGGUCGUUUAGGGGAUUGUUGGUUUUUAAGUGCUGUUGCUGUUUUAACCGAGGUAUCACAAAUAUCAGAAGUGAUUAUCACUCCAGAAUACAAUGAGGAAGGAAUAUAUACUGUCCGCUUUUGCAUUCAGGGCGAGUGGGUUCCAGUUGUUGUUGAUGAUUGGAUACCUUGUGAGUCACCUGGUAAACCUGCAUUUGCUACCAGCAGGAAAGGCAAUGAACUCUGGGUGUCUAUAUUGGAGAAAGCAUAUGCUAAACUGCAUGGCUCUUAUGAGGCGUUGGAAGGUGGGCUUGUCCAGGAUGCUCUUGUAGACCUUACUGGAGGUGCUGGUGAGGAGAUUGACAUGAGAAGUGCCCAGGCCCAGAUUGAUCUUGCUAGUGGUAGACUAUGGUCUCAGUUGUUGCGCUUUAAACAAGAAGGCUUUCUACUUGGUGCUGGGAGUCCAUCUGGUUCUGAUGUGCACAUUUCUUCUAGUGGCAUUGUACAAGGCCAUGCCUACUCUUUACUGCAAGUUAGAGAGGUGGAUGGACAUAAGCUUGUUCAAAUUCGCAAUCCAUGGGCUAAUGAAGUUGAAUGGAAUGGUCCUUGGUCUGACUCAUCAUCUGAGUGGACUGAUAGAAUGAAGUACAAGUUGAAGCAUGUACCGCAGUCAAAAGAUGGUAUCUUCUGGAUGUCUUGGCAAGACUUUCAGAUCCACUUCCGAUCAAUAUAUGUAUGUCGUGUCUACCCUCCUGAGAUGCGGUAUUCUGUCCAUGGCCAAUGGCGAGGCUACAGUGCUGGUGGAUGCCAAGAUUAUGCUUCCUGGAAUCAAAAUCCACAGUUUCGAUUGAGGGCCACUGGUCCAGAUGCAUCAUUACCAAUUCAUGUGUUUAUUACCUUGACUCAGGGGGUGAGUUUCUCGAGAACAGCAGCUGGUUUCAGAAAUUAUCAAUCUAGUCAUGACUCGAUGAUGUUCUACAUUGGGAUGAGGAUACUUAAGACUCGCGGUCGCCGUGCUUCUUACAAUAUUUAUCUCCAUGAAUCAGUUGGUGGGACAGAUUAUGUCAAUUCGCGAGAGAUUUCAUGUGAAAUGGUUCUGGAUCCGGAUCCAAAAGGUUACACAAUUGUGCCAACAACCAUUCACCCUGGUGAAGAAGCACCAUUUGUCCUCUCUGUUUUUACCAAAGCAUCAAUUACCCUAGAAGCUUUAUAACAUCCGGGAUGCUCUUUUGUUUUCUUGUCCUUUGGGCUGAGAGCACAUCUGUGAGGCCGAGGCGCUUGGGUUGUUCAUAGAUCAUUCACUACCGAUAGGCAGUUCUUGUUGAGCCAUAAAUCAUUUAUUGCAGAAUGGCUAGACUGCCGGGACGCGGCUUUUAGCUAUCAGGACAGCCUUUCAUUGUGCCUAGUGAACUUGAAUGCAAGGAGCAAGACAGGAAAACUUGUCAUGUCAAAGGAUUUAAAAUCUGAAAGCUCCCUCAGAUUUGGACAGUUUCUGUCUGCCAGUAUCAGAGUGGGUUAUUGGCGCGGUUCUAAGUUGUACAUGUGUAGGUAAAUUGUAAUUGUAUGAAGUAUAGGUCUGACCGAUGUACAUGACGCGGAAAGGGUGAAAGUUAAAAAGAAAUAGGAAACAAUAAUUACCAACACUAAUUUAAGGGAAUACCAGAAAAGCAUUGUAGCUGGGGAAAGUUUCAGCUGCAGUUUUGUUGUGCUUUUAUAACAGGAACAAUCUGUCACUUGUAUUGUACAAAUGUGCCGAUUUUUCUUUGGCAAUAUAAUCAUCCAUUCGAUGUUUGAUAUGGUA